GUUAUUCAAGCGAAAUUGAUUUUUCAUCCCAUUAUGCAAUUCCAGAUUUUCAGAGCAAUUCUGUACAGAAACAAAUAAUAUUUGCAGAAACCAUCAACAAAAUCAAAUUCAGAAAUGAAAUUCGCUGCCAAUUUGUUUAGCUGCUUUUACAACUCCGACGCUCCGUUGACCUUUGACUCACCACCUGAUGAAGCAGCAGCACAAGAUGAUCAAGCAAUUCGAAACCCUAAUUUCCGCGUUUUCUCCUACGAAGAACUAAAAUCUGCCACUCAGGGUUUCAAAAAUAAGAUUGGAGAGGGGGGUUUUGGUUCUGUUUACAAGGGAAGGCUAACAGGGGAGAUAUAUAUAGCAGUAAAAGUUUUAUCAGUAGAACUGGAAUCACUGCGUGGGGAAAGAGAAUUCAUAUCUGAGAUAUCAACAUUGUCUGAUAUCAAGCAUGAAAACCUAGUAAACCUCAAAGGAUGUUGCAUAGAUGGUGCUCAAAGACUUCUCGUCUACGAUUACAUGGAAAACAACAGCCUCACCCACUCCUUCCUCGGGUCGGAGCAGAACAGGUUGAAAUUCACGUGGGCACUGAGAAAACACGUCUCGUUGGGAAUUGCCAGGGGACUGUGUUACGUACACGAAGAGAUCAACCCUCACAUUGUGCAUAGAGAUAUCAAGGCUAGCAAUAUACUUCUUGAUCGUAAUUUCAGACCGAAAAUCGCGGAUUUCGGACUCGCUAAACUGUUCAGAGACAGCACUUCCCACAUUAGUACUCGUGUAGCUGGGACAUUAGGCUAUAUAUCUCCUGAAUACGCACACAGUGGCCAUCUUACACGAAAAUCAGACGUGUAUAGCUUUGGAGUGCUUCUGUUGGAAAUCGUGAGUGGGCGGCCAGUUGUCGAUUAUCACCUCCAAUACGGAGAACAGUUUCUCGUGGAGAAGGCGUGGGAAUUGUACAAUGCGAAUAAUCUACUGCAGCUGGUGGAUUCUGCAUUGAAGGGAGAAUUCCCACACGACGAAGCAGUUUGGUUCUUGAAAGUCGGGAUGCUCUGUGUGCAAGAGACAACCAAACUUCGGCCUGUUAUGUCUGAAGCCGUAAAGAUGUUGGAAAACGAGAUUUGUACCGAAGACGUUGAGAUACGCCAGCCUGGACUUGUUGCUGAUUUGAUGGAAGUAAAAAUUCGUCGGAAAGUUUCUUUGAAUUUUACUUCUUCGCCUGCAGCCAGCAGUACCGGAAGUUUCCAGGUACGCUAACGCACGGGCCUCGGGUUUUAAUGGAGAUUGUGGGGGUAAUGUAGAUAGUAUUAGGUGGGCUUGAGGUACAUAAGAUUUUUCAAUUUCAUUCAUUGUCAAAAAAUGCAAAAGAAUAUGAUUUUUUUAGUUGAAAUAUCAAGUGUGUAUUCAUAACAUUAUCAUUAAUUAUUUUUUUUCCUAGUCA